AUGGACGCCAAGGAAGACGACAGCGACAUCAAGCUGCAAAAAGCCUCCUCAGACCUCAUCGCAGAAUUCUCUCGCUCUCUACCCCUUUUUCUCCGCAAACCCGAUGGCAAGACCCUCCGCGCCCGCGUCCGGGUGUCGGAGACCGCACGUCUGACUUCAAGCCUCCUCGACCCCUUUCAAGAACUCCCUCAACUACUGGACCCUCAUCUCCCCGAAUGGCUUCCCCUCCUCGCGUCAACUUAUCUAGAGCACCUCAACACCCGCACCCGCAACCGCACCCGGCCUUCGGCCCCGUCCUCCACCGGCUCAACCCGUUCCCAGCUCCUCGAACCCCUGAACCUCGCCAUCGCCAAACUCAUCUACACCUUCACCAAGAUUCGCGGCGAAAAGGUAAUCGUCCGCUUCCUCAACGUCGAGUCCCGCCACAUAGAACCCCUCCUUUCGGCCCUCGAAGCCGCAGAGCGCGCAUCGUCGACCGCCCGCCCGGCGCUCAACCCUCCUUCUCCCCAGUCCGCCGCAUCAGCAACCGCCACCAUCACCGCGACGCAAUGGUCUUGGGAGGAGCGCUAUCUCGUCCUCCUCUGGCUCUCCCACCUCCUCCUCGCCCCCUUCGACCUCUCCACCAUCUCCUCAGCCUCCGCCGACCCGGACCUCACCCUUCCCCAGAUCCGGGACUUUGACUGGCCCGAGGACCUCCCCGGAAUCACCGUCCGCAUACUCCCCCUCGCCAUAAAGUACCUCGCAUCCUCCGGCAAAGAACGCGACGGCGCUCGCGCCCUGCUCGUCCGUGUCGCCAUGCGUCGCGACAUGCAAUCUCAAGGCGUCCUCUCCGCCCUCGUCCGCUGGUCUCUCGCCUCCCUGAGACCCUCACCCUCCGGCGCCGCAACAUCAGCAUCGACACCGGCCCCGGCCCCGGCCCCGCCUCAGCCGCCUUACUUCUACAUCGGCGUCCUCUCCUUCCUCGCCGGUGUCCUGCGAUCCUCCAUAAACACCUCCGACAUGGACACCUACCUCUCCCCAAUCUUCCUCACCGCGCACACGGUCGCCUCCGCCGACGACCAGGACACCCCCAUCUCCACCGCCAUCCGCUCCGUCGCUGUGGCGCGCAAGAUGCUCAUCAAGGUCAUCCGCUCCGUCACCGUCCUCCUCCUGCGCAGCAACAAGUCCCCGCCGGACCCGCAGAGCACAGAGCUCGUCGAGACGUCCAUAGGCUACCUCCUCGAAUCCCUCGCUGACAACGACACCCCCGUCCGCCUAGCCGCCUCAAAGGCUCUCAGCAUCGUCACCCUCAAGCUCGACCCAGACAUGGCCUCCCAGGUCGUCGACGCCGUCCUCGACUCCCUCAACCGCAACGUCUUCUGGACCCGUGACACCCCUGGGCCGGCGGGUACCAAAGCAGCCUCCGCCACGACCACCACCCGCGACCUCACAGCCGUCGAUCCGCUAGAGUGGCACGGCCUCAUGCUCACCCUCUCCCACCUACUCUACCGUCGUUCCCCGCCCGCCACACAGCUGCCCGACAUUGUCCACGGCCUCCUCCUCGGCCUCUCCUUUGAGAAACGCAGCACCUCGGGCGGUUCCAUCGGCACAAACGUCCGCGACGCAGCCUGCUUCGGCAUCUGGGCCCUCGCCCGGCGUUACACCACCCCAGAACUCCUCAAAGUCCCCACCGCGGCCGUCGUCGCAGCGCGCAUCCACAGCGCCGACGUCUCCAUUCUCCAAGUCCUGGCGACUGAGCUCACCGUGACGGCGUCCCUCGACCCGGCCGGCAACAUCCGCCGCGGCGCCUCCGCGGCCCUGCAGGAGCUCAUCGGCCGGCACCCGGACACGGUAGAAAAGGGCAUCUGGGUCGUGCAGACGGUAGACUACCACACCGUUGCGCUGCGCUCCCGCGCGGUGCUCGAGGUCGCGCUCAACGCGACGAAACUCUCAUCACAGUACGGCGCCGCCCUGCUGGACGGGCUGCUCGGUUGGCGGGGCAUAGGCGACGCCGACGCCGUCUCGCGGCGCGUGGCCGCCGCCUCGUUCGGCACGCUCACGCUGGAGCUCUCGCCGCAUGGCACCAUCUCUUCUGUUGCUUCUUCCCCUUCCCUGUCCUCUGGCGACGUUGCUCAGUUCACGGCGUCCAUCGAGAGGGUUCUCGCGCGCCUGCGUACGCUUCAGACUCGCCAAGUUGACGAACGGCAUGGACUUGUACUCUGUCUCGCAUCCGUCCUGGAUAGGUUUCCUGAGCUGCUCACCGGUCGGCCGGUUGACAGCGUCACUGAGAUCGCUCACCGCAUCAUCUGUGACCUGGAAACAAUCUUCAAGGAAUUCCAGACGACGACAUAUCGUAGGCCGGAGCUAGUCGCCGAAGCGUAUAGUCGUUUGAUUACUUCUUCAUUACCUAUCCUACAAGCUGCAAUGCUACCUGGCAGCGGCAUUCUAGACCUACAGCCAGGCAAUGAGGUCGUGUCAACUGACAGCACCAAAAGUCUACUCAAAGCCAUCAAGACAAUAGACGCCCUGGAAAGAAUCCCCGAUAGGGUUGCGAGCCUCGUAUCAACAUUCAACUACGUAGUCAGCGCAGGCCUCGCCCGCACAGAAAAGGAGGCCGUCGCGGCGUCCUCCGAAGCAGCCCUGGUCCUUCUCGUCUUCUCACCCGCAGAGGAGCGCAGGCGCAUCAUUGAAGAAUGGGCAGCUACCGUGAAGCAGCGGCCGACAUCUCGCGCGGCCAACGACACGGGUGUGCUCUUCGCCCUGACCAUGGCGUACCCGAUCACGACCACAUUUGGUGCCGCUUUGGAAGCCGAGGAGCGGGAUGGCGUUGUCUGCGAUACAAUACUCGCGAGAUGGGCCGGCGACAAUGACAAUGACACGCGCGUGGCGAUUCUGCAGGCCCUGUCGGAGAGCGGUAUGUUACGGGACCGCGCGCUAGUGUUCCUCGACCUGCUGGCGGAGGGUUUAAACGACUACACGACGAACGCGAGGGGAGACGUGGGAUCCCACGUCAGGCUGGAGGCGCUCAAGGCCACCAAGUCAUUGUGGAGCAUGGCCCUGGCCGUGAAUGGCUCUGGAGGCGGUAUUGCCAAGGAAACCAGCGGGAUAGAUUGGCUACCUAUGGCGGUCUCGAAGCUUUUCCUCCAGACCCUACGUUUAGCUGCCGAGAAGCUGGACCGCGUACGCACUGAAGCGCACGCGGUCCUUGCUAUGACUGUAGAGUCCAGUUUUGCAACGAGCUUCACAAAGCUUACCUUUUCGUCAAAGGUUUACUUCCAAACGCUGCUCAACCUCUACGCAUCCGAGGGCAGCCUGCAACCCCUGAUCGCAGGGCCGGCGAGGGCCGAUGCGGCAGCCUGGAUGGCCGAGCUGCUGGCGGGCUACGUUACGUCAGCAGACACAGGCAAUGAGGACCUGGUGAUUGCGUCCCGCUCGGCGCUGGCCAACUUCUGCGCCACGUCGCAGCGGAACCUGGCCGCGGUCUGCGUCGCGCUGGUGGGCAACGUCAGGAGCAGGCAGGGGCAGGACCGCGUGGUGGUGCCGACGCUCGAGAUUGUGGCGUUCCUCUGCCACGUCGGGCUCUUCCAGAAGUGUCAGGAGGUUAACCUGCGGCACCUGUGCCUGCAGGUCCAAAAGGCGGGUUACAAGACGGGCAAUGUUAGGAAGCUGGAGGCCUGUAUCAAGGUGUACGGCUGCGUGGCUGGGUUCGACGAGGAGUGUGCCGAUAUAGGAUUGGUGGUGCCUUUGGAACUCCAGGGUAAGAGGCGGGACGGCGUCUUGGAGGCCAGAAAGCGACUUGGUGCGUUGAUGUUUCAUCCCUGGCCUAGGGUGAGGAGCCUUGUCGUCGAUGAGUUAUGGAAACUGUUUGGGGAGGAUGGCGGCGCCGAAUCGCUGAAGGGCGUUGACUGGAGUAAGGCAGACAAAGCCUCCAUCAAUCGCGUCGUGGACCAGUUCGCAUUGGCUCGGGCGGCAUACGCAUAA